AUGGUUCCACUGCAGUCUUUUGCCAUCCUGAUGAGUGCACAACACAUCGCACUGGCAGCAAGAAUCCUGCUUUUUUUCGAGCACUUCAUCUGCGGCCAUGUGCAUGUACGACGUGAGCAUGGACCAAGAACACACAGAGUCGGCCGCAGCCUGCUGACGAGCCCGAUUCGCAGGAUUCAUGCGCUGCUACUUUGCGCUGCUACCCAAGACGACAAACUACUCUACCUACUAAUGGGGGACGGCAGCGCCACCACAAAAAGAAAACAAGAGAAGCGAAAAAAAUUCGUGUUUGAUAGCAGUAGUAGCAAUACAUACCAGAUCAUACCAUACUGCGAGCAUUGCGGUGCACUAGUCGGGCACCAAGCAAUCAAUAUCCCCAUCCCAAGACGUCCGAGUUUGCACCGCUUGACUCAAAACCCAGUCGACCACAAGCUGUUCUACGGAGUGCAGCAACACAAUCGCCCUUGCUUCUCGGGAUAUGGAGCGGUAGUGGUGAUGGUGCUAGUGCUAGCAUUUUUCUGCAGCGUGGUGUGGCUUGAUGCGGUUUGGUUCAACUUUUUUAAGAGCAUGUCAGAGCUUGCUAAUAAUCAACGACUACGACUCGUACUAGUACCAGUUUCUAUGUGUGCUAGUGUGAAAAAGGACAGCCGGUUAAUGUCCUAUCCUUAG